AAUGCUGAUGCAUGCGCUUACCUCACGCCUCCAUUGACUUAUAUAAUAGAAACCAGAGCCCCAUAGCUCGGAGGAACGGCCUUCUCUUACCACACGACCCUGCCAUGGCGCCCCACAGCGAUACACUUCACUUUCUUCUCUUCCCUUUCAUGGCGCAGGGCCACAUGAUCCCCAUGAUGGACCUCGCCAAGCUUCUCGCUCGCAAUGGCGCCACAGUCACCAUCGUCACCACGCCCCUCAAUUUUGCCCGCUACCACUCUGUUCUCACUCGCGCCAUUGAUUCCGGCCUUCAAAUCCACGUCGUUCAACUCCAAUUCCCAUGGACCAAAAACUCCGGCAUCCCAGAAGGCUGUGAGAAUGUCGACUUACUUCCUUCACUUUCUUACUUAUCCCAUUUCUACAGAGUUUUAAGUCUCCUUUACGACCCAUCGGUGAAGCUGUUCGAGCAGCUCACCCCUCGUCCGAAUUGCAUAAUCUCCGACAUGUGUAUUCCUUGGACCUUCCAGCUCGCUCAGAAAUUCCAUGUCCCCCGGCUCGUUUUCUACAGUUUGAGCUGCUUCUUCCUUCUCUGUCUCAACCGUUUAUUCGGAAAAUCCGAUGUUUGGAAAUCCCUGUCUGAUUCUGAGUUCGUGGCGGUACCGGACUUCCCCGUUCCGGUGGAGUUUCGCAAGUCGCACCUACCUCGUAUCACGGAUGAUUACGCGACCCAAUUUGGUCAAGCAAUGAGCGAGGCUGAUCGGCAGUCGUACGGCGUUAUUUUAAAUGUAUUUGAGGAGAUGGAGCCAGAGUAUGUAACAGAGUAUAAAAAGGGAAGAGAAUUGCCGGAGAACGUCUGGUGCGUCGGCCCUCUUUCGCUUUCCAACAACACCGAACUCGACAAAGCCGAAAGAGGCAACAAAGCCUCAAUCAACGAACACGAAUGCAUCAAAUGGCUCGAUGGGCAGCAACCCUCUUCGGUGGUUCAUGCGUCAUUGGGGAGUCUCUGCAAUUUGGGAACAGAGCAGCUCAUAGAGCUGGGAUUGGGAUUGGAGGCAUCGAACAAACCAUUCAUCUGGGUCAUAAGAAAAGCCAAUCUGAAAGAGGAAUUACUAAAAUGGUUAGAGGAAUAUGAUUUCGAGAGGAAAGUUUCAGGUAGAGGCUUGGUGAUUCGUGGAUGGGCGCCACAAGUUCUGAUACUCUCCCACUCUGCCAUUGGAUGCUUUCUGACGCAUUGCGGUUGGAAUUCGAGCAUCGAAGGGAUAUCGGCCGGUGUCCCAAUGAUCACAUGGCCUCUAUUUGCAGAUCAAAUCUUCAACGAGAAGUUAAUCGUACAGAUUCUGAAGGUGGGUGUAAGUGUGGGAGAGGAAACGGUUGUGCAGUUUGACAGGGAAGAUGAAGAACUGGUUCUGGUGAAGAGAGAGAAAGUGAGAGAAGCCAUAGAAACUGUAAUGGAUGGAGAUGAGAGAGAAGCGAUGAGAGAGCGAUCAAAGAAGCUUGCGAAGAAGGCGAAGACCGCCAUGGAAGAAGGAGGUUCGUCUCAUCGGAACCUCAAACUGCUCAUUCAAGAUUUGAUUGCUCAUGGUCGAAGUUCUAAGAAUGGGAGCUGCUGAUGAUUGUGGUGUAAGUUAUGGUUCUCAAUUAUGAACUCGAGUUGAUAGCAUGAUAAUCCGAGAGAUACACUUGUAAACACUCCGAUCACGAAAAGAGAACAUGAUUGAUUCUUUCAAACAUUACGAAUUAUUCAACAAAUUCUCCUCAUUAUUAACUUCCCCUAAUGGAAGAUUAUCAAACGAUUGGACAGAAAAUUACAUUUAUAGCUUUAAAACCAGUGCAUCCGUAUAUCGGCGGUCGAUCGUCGCCGGGAUAUACAUGGGCCGACGGGCACAAAUGCUUGAA